UAUACUCGAGGUACAUAACCUCGAAAAUUUUUUCUAAGUGUACACUUAGUAUUUUCUCAAAAGUCAAAGUUAUUACAAUCGAGAGAAUGAUGGAAAACCGAGAGGACAAAGUCAGAGUGAAAGAAGAACUGAAUGAUACGUGCCCAGAUGCAGGUGAAGAUUACAAUAUCGAUUCGGCAGUUUUUACCGAAGCCAAAAAAUCAACUAAAAACGACAAGAAUGAGGUUAUGGCAUUGAAGGGAAAGGUAGAUGAAGAAAUAUUCAUAGAUUUUGAGUGCAAAGAUGUUAAACCUGCACCGAUGUCUCUAUCGACAACUAUCUGUCAAGCCGAGUAUCAUAGUUGCCUAUCUAUUGUGAAAGUAGAAAACGAAAAUCAGACCAAUGAUACAAAUGAAAAUUUAUUGAUUGAUUUUACAGUACACAAUCAUACUAAGUCCUUCGAGUGUAAAACUUGUCAUCAUUCAUUUGGGCACAAAAGUACCCUCAAAACUCACAUAAAUACAGUACAUAAUCGUAGAAAACCGUUCGAGUGUGGCAUUUGCCACAAAUCAUUUAGAUCCAAGGGUCAUCUUAACGUACACACAAAUGUAGUACAUAAUCAGAGCAAACCUUUCGAAUGUGAGACUUGUCACAAAUCAUUUGUGUUUAAAAGUGGCCUCAAAAUUCACAUAAAUGCACUCAGUCAGGCAACCACUGACGCUGCGCUCAGGCUGCAAAUCUAUGCCAGACAAAGGGCAAUCGAUACCCAGCUCAACAUUGCUCAAAAUCUUCUCCGUGCCAAAACCCAAUAUGCCGAACUCACAGCCUCCAGAAUGCAGGCCGAAAUCGAGAGAAGCUACGAAAAAUUAAACAACUCUCUGAGUUACGUCAACAAAAUCAACAGCAAAGUUGACGAAAUCAAUCAAAGAGGUCAGAGAAACAAUGUAGAUGUGUCUCAGUGCGUCGCUCCCUUGAACGAGAUGAAGCAACGAGCUGAACAAACCAGAGCCGACGGUGUGAAAUGCUUGGAUCAACAGAAGACUGCAGGUCAAACCAUGGCUGAUAAUGUCAAAACAAUCUCUGGACCCAUGAACGAAGAAUUGGAAAAGAAUAGAAAAGAUGCCGAAAAAUGCAACCAAACUCCAAAUGAUUUGAUCCAAACCCUCACUUGCUACUCAACCGCCCUUGCUCAAAUCCAAGUAUUGACAACCAACAAAGUGCCAAUGGUCAGGAGACAACUUCUCGGAUUGAUCACUGACAUGACCUUCUUCCCAAGGAGAAUGUUCAACACUUGCUUCCCUGGACGCGUUCUGGCCACUCCAACCCUUCAAAUGUUCAACGCCAUGAGAUUAGCCGACAAAUGCGUCAAAACUGCACCAGCCACUGCAUCAUCCACUACUGCCGCUCCAACUACUUCCACUGGAUCUUCCACAACUGCUUCUGGUUCCAGCACUACUGUUUCUGGUUCUAGCACUACUGUUGCUUCUACUACUACUACUACUACUACUCGCCCUACUGGCGGUGCUGCUUACACUGCUGAACAAACUACACCAGCUGUCGAAGAAGCAACAACUUUAGCCGCUGACAAGGUUGAAGAGGCUGCCGCUCCAGCCGCUGCUGCAGCCCCUGAAACGGCUGAGGAGUCCGCCGCCGCACCUGCUGCCCCUGCAACGGCUGAGGAAUCCGCCGCUCCUGCAGCUCCUGCCGCCCCUGAAACCGCCGAGGAAUCCGCCGCCGCACCUGCAGCUCCUGCCGCCCCUGCAACGGUCGAGGAAUCCGCCGCACCUGCAGCUGCUGCAGCCCCUGAAACAGCCGAGGAAUCCGCGGCCGCACCUGCUGCUCCUGAAACCCCCGCUGAAUCAUCCUAA